AUGGCUGCUUGGUUGUUGUUUGACCUAAACUUUGGCAGACGACACAAGAAACAGCGAGUUUACAGAUAUUUCGGUCAUAAUUUUGACGAGGCGGAAUACAAAAAAAGGUACCGGUUUUCUAUGGAAUCGGUAAGAUUCAUAACAGAUCUUAUAGAACCAGAGUUAUGCCGCCCCACCCUGAGGAGUCAUUCCCUGUCCACUAUAAACCAAGUAGAAAUCGCUUUAAGGUACUUUGCCACAGGUGAUAAUAUGAAAACUGUGGGUGAUACCCUUGGUUUUCACAAGUCAAGUGUAUCAAGAAGUGUGCGCGAUGUUUCGCAGGCCUUGACUGAUGUUUCUCCCAAGUUCAUCAAGUGGCCUUCUACCACCAGGGAAAAGAUGGCCAUCAAGAAGGGGUUCUAUGGUAUUGCUGGAUUUCCCGUUGUAAUCGGCGCGGUUGAUGGCACUCAUGUCAGAAUUAUUGCCCCUUCUGAGCAUGAAUCAGUUUAUGUAAACCGCAAAGGAUUCCAUUCAACCAACACCCAGGCCAUCUGUGAUCAUGAAGGUGAAUAA